GUACAAUUGCGAAGCAGAUCGCCUGUCUCGCCUGUCGCUCAUUCCAGAGUGGCAUCUCCUGCCCAUGAAAACGAAGAAGAUAUUUUCAAAGUGGGGCACCCCGACUAUAGACUUAUUCGCCUCCGCGACAGCGCAUGUGGUCCCCAGCUACGUCUCGAUCGACGCGACAGAUCUUCUAGCCAAAUUCCACAAUGCAUUCAGCCGAACGUGGUGCUACCAACUAGCAUGGGUGUUCCCACCACCACUUCUAAUACCCCAGGUGCUAGCCCACCUGAACACGGCCAGAGGUAUAUACUUAAUUGUAGCCCCACGGUGGCCGAAAACAUUUUGGAGACCAGAUCUCAAAAACCGAGCCCUAGCCCCGCCGUUUACAAUACUCGCUCUCGAUCAAGUAUUAGUAGACACGACCACGGGCCGACCACCGCCCCAGGUCCAUUCGAUGACCCUGGAAGUAUGGAAAUGUGGGGGUGGGCGAAAAGUGUGAAUAAUUGGUCCCAAGAACAAAAGGAUUUGUUGCUAUCUAGCUGGCGGGAAUCCUCCCGAAAAACAUAUCAACCAGCUUGGAAAAGGUGGUGUUCAUGGACCCAGGACAAUAAAGUCGAUACAUUAAAACCAUCGGCAGCAGACUUUGCCAGAUUCUUGAUAGAUUUGCAUCAAAAAGUCGGUUUAUCUUACUCUACGAUCUUAGUGCAUAAAUCAGCAAUUGCCACCUUGACUGACCCUGAUAACCAGGUAAAUUUAAGUUCUCAUGCCCUGGUAAGACAUGCACUAAAAGCUAUUUCCAUUAAAGCUCCAAAGGCGGACAAAGUCCCUAUUUGGGAUACAGAAAUUCUUAUAAAUUGGCUGAAAAACAGUACAAUAGAUGAAAAUAGCUUUUAUGAAUGUACGAAGCGAGCUGCGAUUUUGCUCUUAUUGUGCUCAGGACGCAGAGUACAUGACCUCACAUUAUUAUCUAUAAAUAGCGAUAAUUGUAUCGUAUCUGAGAAUUUAAUAACAUUUUGGCCGAUUUUUGGAUCAAAGACAGACUCCGUUUCAAAUAGACAAUCAGGCUGGCGCUUAUUUCAAAACAGUGAAUGUAAGAACCUAGACCCAGUGUUUUGGAUCAAAAAAGUAAUUUCAUUGUCAGCCGACAGACGUAACAAAUGUAAAUCUAAUAAUCUGUUUAUUACAGUUUCUGGGACUCCUAAGUCUGCUUCGCGUACAGUUAUCGCGAACUGGAUUAAAAAAGUACUGCUAGACGCAGGCAUCCAGGCAAGCCCCGGCAGCGUGCGCCCCGCAGUGGCUUCUAAAAAUUGGGUACAGGACUUUCCUUUAGACGAUAUCUUAGCUCGCGGUAACUGGCGCUCACAGAACACAUUCCUUAACUUUUACCGUAGAGAGAUUAGACCUCUAGCAGCUGCAUCGUCGAUAACAAAUUGUUUUGCCCCUAUUUGA